GGCAGCACUGCACUGUCCAGACGUGUCAUUUGACGACGAGUUGUAAAUACAUAAGUUUUUUAAAUUCGCGGCGUUUAAUUGGCAUAAUUACCCGAUAUGUAUCAAUAACUGGGGCUACCCAAAAAGAUUCAAAAAGUGAAAUUUCCGAUAUUCGAUCAAACAAUAGAAACGCGCGCAGUUACAAACUGCCAGCGUGCCAAAAACAUCAGCUGGGCACAAGUCGACUUGGAAAAAAGACCACACCAAAUAUUCAGGCAACCACUCGAAGAAACAACGCUGACUUGUAAAUAAUUGGAGGAGGGCCGGCUCUGCGGCAGCAUCAUACUCAAUGGCGGGUCAAAAGUUUCAAUAUGAUGAAAGUGGCGGCACAUUUUAUUAUUUUGUGUUAUCAUUCUUGGCAUUAGUAUUGAUACCAACAACGAUUUAUUAUUGGCCACGUAAAAAAAAAGAAGAUCCCUGCAAGCGGAAAGAGGAAUGCGAAUGUGCCGACUGUGUGAAGAAGAACAUAAUCUUGGCCAAUGCGGAGCCUUAUCGUUUGCUGAAAUCCGUUACCAUCAAGCUAGCAAUUGUUCUUGGAUGGGCGCUCCUUCUCUUUCUCACCUAUCGCGUCUCUCAGUUCGACUACGAGAUGGCGAGCUUUGAUCCGUUUGAGAUUUUAAAUGUGCCGCCAACGUCAACACAGGCGGAGAUUAAGAAAGCUUAUUACAGGCUAUCCAAGAUACUGCAUCCGGAUAAGGAGACGGGUGACGAAAAGGCCUUUAUGAUGUUGAGCAAGGCGUAUCAGGCUCUCACCGAUGAUGUGGCCAAGGAGAACUAUGAGAAAUAUGGCAAUCCCGAUGGUCCUGGUGCCAUGUCCUUUGGCAUUGCACUGCCCUCCUGGAUUGUUGAGAAGGAGAACAGUGUUUGGGUUCUCGGCUUAUACGGUCUAGUCUUCAUGGUAGCCAUGCCCUCCGCUGUGGGCGUUUGGUGGUAUCGCUCCAUACGCUUCAGUGGUGACAAAGUCCUCUUGGACACCACACAAAUGUACUUUUAUUUCAUCCACAAGACACCUCAUAUGCUGUUGAAGCGUGCUCUUAUGGUCCUGGCAGCUAGCUUGGAGUUUGAUAAGCGACACAAUUCACAGGUGAUAGAGCGGCAGUCGGAUAACGACGAGGUGCCAGCGCUGAUAAGGCAGUUGCCCAAUCUCAACGAGAAGUGCAAGGAGCAUCCGCUGUGCCGCAUGUAUUCCAUUAAGGCGCGUGCCAUUCUGCAUGCCCAUCUCUCACGGAUGCCGCUUAACGCGGAGACAUUGGAACGCGAUCGUCAGUUUAUAGUGAAGAAAUGUCCGUAUCUGGUGCAGGAAAUGGUCAGUUGUGUCCAUCAGCUGGUGAUGAUGGCCUAUGCCCGUCGUGUUCCCCGCCUGCCCAGCAUUGAGACCAUCGAGAAUUGUAUGAAAAUGUCACCGAUGAUCAUCCAGGGAUUGUGGGAAUUUAAAUCCCCGUUGCUGCAGUUGCCACAUUUAACCGAAGAUCAUUUGUAUUUCAUGAAUAAGAAGAGGCACGUAAAGAAUCUGCAACAAUUUGCACAGUUAAAGCCCGAAGAGAGUCGCAUGUUGUUGAAGAAUCUCUCCGACUUUGAGUAUGAGAACGUAAUGCGAGUACUGGGAAAGAUGCCAUUGAUUGAUUUCUCCAUACGCUGUGAGGUGAUUGAUGAUGAGAACACAAAUGUAGUUACGGCCGGAGCAAUUGUCACGGUAACGGUUACACUGGAGCGGAAGGACAUGAAGACAUUGUUUGGCGAUACAAAGGCACCGGAAAAACAGGGCAUUAAGGAUGAACCCAACAACGAGGAGGCUGAGGAUGAGGAGGCGGGAGCGGCAGCUGCUGCAGUUCCGGUUAAGAAGGCAUCCGCCUGGGCAAAGCCAAGGAAGGGCGGCAAGGGCAAAGGUGGCAAGAAACCCGUCAACAAUCAAAAGAAGAAGGUGCAGGCAAAGCAAGCUGCCACAACAGCUGCAACUGCAACAGCUGCUGCUGCGGCUGCUGCAGCUGCAACAACCACGGAUGAUCAGACGGCGGCCAAUUCGGAGGCUGAAUCUGAUGCUGGGGAGCAUAGUGAUGUAGAAUCUGUUGUCGGUUCGGCCAGCGAGGAUGAGGAUAAGCAGAACAAGAACAAUUCCUCGCUGGACGAUGAUGAUGACGAGGAAUGGGAACGACUGCAGGCGAAGCUGAACAAACGUGAACGUCUCGAGGGCAAGUCGAGGAUGUCGCAUUCGGUGCACUGUCCCUUCUUCCCGGAGGAGAAGCAGGAAUACUGGUGGACAUACAUCUGCGAUCGCAAGUCGCGCACGUUGCUAACGGCGCCCUACCAUGUGACAAAUCUCGUCGAGAAGGAGGAGAUACAGCUGAAAUUCACGGCGCCGCGUUGGCCCGGAGUUUACACUUUUACGGUGUGCCUGAGAUCGGAUUCGUAUCUGGGCAUGGAUCAGCAGCAGGAGCUUAAAUUGGAUGUCCAGAAGGCGCCAGCACCACCGACAGAUCAUCCACAAUGGGAUCUCAGCGAAUCAGAGCCGGAGCAUAAUGAUCAACAGGAGAAUCUAAGCGAUUAUACAACGGACACAUCCGAUGAGGAGGAUAGCGAUUAGAGAGAGACUUAAAAGAAAUCAUUGAGAGACUGUCAUGACAUGUCCCUUCUCCUCCUCUCCUCUUACCCCAGCGAGUGAAUGUCCUUUCUUAAACAUGAUGAUUUUGUUUUUCUUUUUUUAUUAGUAAAUGAUUUUGCGUUGCGAAUAUAUUCGCAUUUAUUUUUUUUACUAGUUUUUGUAAUUGUAAUGAAACAUGGAUAUAAAUGAGCCCGAAACUAGAGCGUAAAUAAAUAAGUCGAAAGAAUAA